GCCUGUGCUCGGACUGGUUCAUUCACCGGCUACUUGACUUUACUGUGUUGCGGCUCCUGUCAACCCGCUCAAUUCCUGCCAGUUUUAGUGAUUCCCUGUCAGGGUCAGUUGGUUGAUAGUGAUAUCUUGUUGUAGUAAUUUUGUGAGACGGGUUUAUAUUUAAUAGUUAUGUCUGAGGAAGUUGAAGGAACAAGGACGUCCGAGGAGCUUCAGGAAAUGGAGGAUACAGUAAUAAAUCCGGAGAAAGCCGAGGAGGCCAAAUUGAAGGCCCGGUAUCCUAAUCUUGGAGCCAAACCCGGGGGUUCUGACUUGCUCAGGAAAAGACUGCAGAAGGGGCCAAAGUAUUUCGAUUCUGGCGACUACAACAUGGCCAAGGCAAAGAUGAAGAACAAACAGUUGCCCAUGGCCCCAACAGAGAAAACUGAGAUCACAGGGGAUCACAUCCCAACACCUCAGGACCUGCCGCAGAGAAAACCUUCAAUCGUGGCCAGCAAGCUAGCUGGUUGAUUGACACCGCAUUUUAAAGUUUACUGUUUUGUCACCAUUCCAGCAUCCAUCUUUUACCUACCAGUCCCCUUUUAUGUUAAUGUUAUUCUUUGUGUGGAUUCUGGAGAACAGUUUUCAAAUCGAGUCGCGUAAUGCAGAAAACUUGGGCAACUUGCAGGCAUUAAGUGAACAGGUGAUGCAAGUUCAAGAAGUAUGAAUUCACUUGGUGUACAAUUUGAAAACACGAAACAGAAGCUAUGAUUCCUUACUUUGGCAGAACAUUUUUCACCCUUUACAAUGUAUACCUCCCAUAUAAGUACAAGAACAGUAAGCCUUUGUUUUUAGCCCUAGGGAGCUGUAGUUACUAAUGACAGUGCUUGAAAAUAAUCUUGUUUUUGAUUUUUUGAAAGAAGCAAAACUAUUAAAAUUAUCAGACAAAAAAUGUUUUCAAGUUGCCCAUUUAUGUAAUGCAUGUAAUGUAAAAAGUGGUUUCUGAAUGACCUGGCUAAAACGGAAUUGUGUUGUGAUAAUAUUACGUGGUUGGCUUCAUAAACUCAUGGGAUCUCGCAAAGAAAAUGGAGAAAGUUCUGCUAAAGUAAAUCGUUCUAGCAUUAUUGACUCCUUGAACAUGACGCCUCUGCCCACAGCUAUUUAAUUUGACAUUUUAGCAGUGAACUCUGAAUUGAAUAAAGCUUAACAGCUGAUCCUUUUUUCUUUUAAUUUGUUAUGAUAACGUUGAUUUUCAAAGACUGCUGUUGAUCUGCAUAUUGCCCUGACCUCUUAAAUGGCCUUAACAGUAAUGAACCACUGGUCCUCCUGAGCAAUAUUUGCUCACUCAGAAAGAAUCUUGUGAAUCUAGCCUGAAAUGUCUGCCACUUUGACUAGAAUCAUGUCUGCUUUUACGGCAUGCAGCUCCCUUGACUUGUCUAGAGUGUGCAUGUACAUUUACUGUGCUGUCACACUGUGCCAUUUGUUUUGUAAAUAAAAUAG